UCUCUCUCUCUCUCUCUCUCUCUCUCUCUCUCUCUCUCACACAUCCAAAUCUUUGAUCAUCUCAUCAUCAUUGGACUUGAAGCUAACUCCAGAUUCAUUAUUUUCCAACGUUUUACUCGUUGAGUUUUUCCAAUUCUUCUUCUUCUUCAAUCGAAUCAUCAGCGAGUUUGGUUCAGACGACGAUCUUUAGUAGCUUCAUAAGCUUCGAGAUUCUUCAGGUUCACCGGAACUAUUUUGUGAAGCUUCACUGAGCUGAGCUUGAAGUCAAUUCCUCUGUUCAGCAAUCGAUAGAGGAAGAUGAAUUAUUUCCCAGACGAGGUCAUAGAGCACGUGUUUGACUUCGUAGCUUCUCACAAAGACAGGAACUCGAUCUCUCUGGUCUGCAAAUCAUGGCACAAGAUCGAGAGGUUUAGUAGGAAGAACGUGUUCAUCGGAAACUGCUACGCCAUCAAUCCAGAGAGAUUAAUCGGGAGGUUUCCAUGUCUCAAAUCCUUAACUCUUAAAGGGAAGCCUCAUUUCGCUGAUUUCAACUUGGUUCCUCAUGAAUGGGGAGGUUUCGUGCUUCCUUGGAUUGAUGCUUUGGCUAGGAGCCGUGUGGGACUUGAGGAGCUGAGGUUGAAGCGGAUGGUGGUAACAGAUGAAAGCUUGGAGCUUCUUUCACGUUCUUUUGCAAAUUUCAAGUCUUUGGUUCUUGUUAGCUGUGAAAGGUUUCCCACUGACGGCUUAGCUUCCCUUCUUUCACGUUCUUUUGCAAAUUUCAAGUCUUUCACGUAUUAAGUGUUGUUGUUACUUUACUUACUUAUAUGAUCAUGAUUCUUUUAUAGUAUUGAGUUUUAUAUGA